CGAUACCUUGCUGCGGAGCCGCAAUCGGCCGCCGACCGACCCAGCUCCGUUUUCGUCGAUUUUCGGACCGUUCGCGGCGAUUUGGAGACCAGAAUCGAGACUAUUCUUGACGACAGCGCCACCACCCUUCUUCACAAGUUGCCGUGAUACCCCGGAUGCUGACGUCACCAGUCCGGUUGCCGUGGUGAUCACACGUGGCGGGAACGAGAGCGAAGCCUGGCCGCGCACGCGCACGGGAAGAUGCACCGUACCACCCACCUCCCGAUCACGGAGCUCAACCCGCACCUCAUGUGUGUGAUCUGCGGGGGGUACUUCAUCGACGCAACAACCAUCAUAGAGUGUUUACACUCCUUCUGCAAAACAUGCAUCGUGAAGUACCUGGACACCAGUAAGUACUGUCCCGUCUGCGAUGUACAAGUUCACAAGACUCGGCCCCUGCUCAAUAUACGAGCGGACAAGACCCUACAGUCCUUGGUAUACAAGCUCGUGCCCAACUUGUUCAAAGAUGAGAUGAAAAGACGGCGUGAUUUUUACGGGCAGUGUCCUGACCAGGACCUGGCGGCGUCCAGCGAGGAGAGAGGAGAGGUGGAGGACCUGCAGAUUUACACUCCUGACGAGCACAUCAGCUUGUCACUCGAGUACUACAGAGAAUCUGAAGCGGCGUCGGCUGCUGAAUCCGACCAGGAAAAGGACGAGACGGAGACGAGACAGGACAAGCAGGACACGUCUCCCAAACCUGACGGCAAACGGAAGAACGGAGAAACAGACGACGUAGUUUACCCGGAGAAGCGGUUCCUGAACUGCCCGGCUGCCGUCACCGUCUCCCACCUCAGGAAGUUCGUCAGAAACAAGCUCGACGUGCCGCCCAUCUUCAGGGUUGAGAUUAUGUACGGAGACGAGCCAUUGAAGGAUGACUACACACUCAUGGACAUAGCCUAUAUCUACACGUGGAGAAGGAACGGUCCCCUCCCCCUGACGUACCGUGUUCUAGAGAACCCGAGUAAACGGCUGAGGUCGGAGUCAGGCGAGCCGGCAGUCAGUGUGAAUGGGGAGGGCAGCAGCAGUAGCAGCACCACCACGGAGCAUGCGCCGGCAGAAACCGUCACCACGGCUUCUACGUCAUCACAACCACAGACAGCUACAGGGCCGACUGAAGCAUUGGACCUGCGCAGCACGUCUCCCGCCAGUGCGCAGGCGCAGGAGCGACCAAACGGCGGCGUUCCGGGGGACACCGGAUGACUCUGUGUCGGCAGGGGGAGGGUCAGGGGCAGGUCAAAGAGCAGAUCAAAGGGCAGGUCAAAGGACAGAAGCAGGUCAAAAACUCGCCGACUCAAAAUAAAAAGGAGAAAUAAGCAUAUCGACGAUUCCGAAAUAGCAGCGCGUUUGCAGAGUUUGAUUUUAGCUUGAUACACAAAUCGCUAAAAUAUCAACGUAGACCACAAGUGGGCUAGAACAAUAUUUUAAGUUGGUUAAUUCUUCACUCUGAUCCGUUAUAAUCCAGCUACAAUAUCCCCUGAAAGCUGAUGUAAAACCAAGGAGGUUUAAAAGAAAACCUCCUUGGUAAAGCACAAAGCAUUAUCACCAUGUAAAUAAUGCAAAAUGGCAACUAUAAGACUUAGUAUACCUCGGAUAACAUUACAGUUUUUAACAGAAAUUAAUAACAACCAACAGGUGAGUAGAGAGUGAACAUACCUCU